CCAUCUUCAGCAGCGACGGCGCGCUGAGCUGCUGCUUCAUGUUGUGGUCCGGAGUGCGCAUGCGCCCGGUAUUGGAAUUACUGCGCUGGCAAGAAUAACUUAGAGCUCGUCUGCCUUUCCCCCACCCCUCCCUCCAAAAAAAAAAAAAAAAAAAAAAAAAAAAAAAAAAAGAAAGAUAGAACCGAAAGCUACACAACCGUUAAAGAAUGUUUGCGUCAAGAAUAAGAAGAAUGAAGACUGCGUGCGUCUGUUUUUUCCCCUUCAUAGUGGCCGUGGCGCGCGCUCAGAGCGCCGGUGUCAAUGACCCGAGCAAUAUGCCCCUGGUCAAAGAAACGGUGGACAGACUCUUGAAGGGUUAUGAUAUCCGACUGAGACCAGAUUUUGGAGGUCCUCCCGUGAGAGUGGGAAUGAACAUAGACAUAUCCAGCAUAGACAUGGUGUCCGAGGUGAAUAUGGACUAUACAUUGACAAUGUACUUCCAGCAGGCCUGGCGAGACAAGCGGCUGUCCUACUCUGAGAUUCCACUCAACCUGACCUUAGAUAACCGGGUAGCAGACCAGCUCUGGGUCCCCGACACCUACUUCCUUAACGACAAGAAAUCGUUUGUCCAUGGUGUCACUGUGAAAAACAGAAUGAUCCGACUGCACCCAGAUGGCACCGUACUAUAUGGACUGAGAUGGCUACACUACUGAUGACAUUGAAUUCCACUGGCGAGGAGGAAAAAAUGCAGUGACAGGAGUGGACAAGAUCGAACUACCCCAGUUCUCCAUUGUGGAUCACAAGCUCAUCUCGAAAAACGUUGUAUUCUCCACAGGCUCUUACCCUCGUCUCUCCUUGAGUUUUAAGCUAAAAAGGAAUAUUGGAUAUUUCAUCCUGCAGACAUACAUGCCUUCUAUUCUUAUCACCAUCCUCUCCUGGGUCUCCUUCUGGAUUAACUAUGAUGCCUCUGCUGCCAGAGUGGCUCUAGGUAUCACCACGGUCCUCACCAUGACAACCAUUAACACCCACCUGAGAGAAACCCUCCCCAAAAUCCCAUAUGUCAAGGCCAUAGACAUGUACUUGAUGGGCUGCUUUGUGUUUGUCUUCCUGGCCUUACUGGAGUAUGCACUGGUGAACUACAUCUUCUUUGGUCAGGGUCCACAACGUCAGAAAAAAGCAGCUGAGAAGACAGCAACAGCAAACAAUGAAAAGAUGAGAAUGGAUCCAAACAAG